CUGUGAAAUUUAAAUCGUUUUUUAAGUAAAUUUUCAAUUUUCCGACUUCAAAAAAUUAUAAAAAAAUAUUUAAAAUUUUAAUAAUAUACUUAACAACAAACAAAAUCCGACGUAUGUCCAUUAAAUUUGUUCAAGUGGCCGAAGUGGUGGUAGUGCGGGUUGUACCAUAAAAUGCCUAUCUAAUGAUGCAAAUUUACAUUCGACCAAAAACGUUUAAUUCGAAAACUAUUAACGCAAAUUUUUCGGCAACGUUUUUACGACAUCCAACGCAAACCAUAUUUUCAUCAAUUCCACCAUAAGUUGAGUAAACUCAUUCAAAAUCAAGCCAACGAAAGCGAAAACUAUGUCGGCCGCUAAAAUGAAGACUGCACCCAGUGCGGCCACAACAGCCACCACCGACGCCAAUGAGCGUAUACGCAAGCAACAGCAACAACAACAGCAGCAAGAUGAUAAAAUUGCAAAUAACUAUGCAACGUCGUCAACAUCGGCGGCGGCCGCGUCUGAGGCACUGCCCACCAGCUCCACGACAGCGGCAGCAGCUGCCACAAACGCAGGCGCAAGCGCCGCCGCCAACAGCGUGCGCGGUGCACGCCGAAAUCACACUAGAAAAAUACACUCUGCCAGCGGCGACGAUCUCAAACGCAGCACAACGACUACGAAACGCAAGCGGCAUGUAAAUUUCACUUCACCAAAUACCAAGUCGAAAAUACGUCUAACAACGACGGCGAAAAACAAAACACAAACCCCCACUGCUACCGCUGCCGCUGUGGCGACUACAAAAGACACGGUUGUUAGCCAACAGCUGCAGCCGACAGUGGAGAAGUCCAAGUCGAUAUUGAAAGUGAAGCAUGUGGCGGUGGUGAAACGUAAAGCGGGCACAAAUAAAGUCACCAAGAAACUUAAGAAAGUGCCGCAAGGUGCGCAAGCUGAAUUCGAAGCGGCCGAGCUGUCCAAGUUGCAGCAACAAUAUGCCACCAAACUGCCAGAGCCACCCACCGCGUCAGUAGUCACAACAAAUGAGCUGUCAACAGAGCGCGCGAACUCCGCCAAUGCUGCUUCAAGCUCAGGCGAAAUUGGCAAGCGGCGCAGCAGCAGCAAACGUGUGCUCAAGCGUCGACACAGUGGCAGCACGAAGCAUUUGGCAUCCGGUGCUGGCAUUGUCGAAUCGGGCUCGGUUAAUGUGCCACCAGUGCGUCGCUUCAGUCCGGUGACCGAUAAAUCGGCGCUUAAAACACCAGCCAUCAAAGUUUAUGAUGGCGCUGAUAUGUUCACUGCCAAAAACUUGAAAUCGUUUGAUAAUAUACCAACGACCAGCAACAAUAUAACAGUGGCAAUGGUCAAGGAAGAGCGUAAAGCCAAGCAGAAGAACGCAAGCAAUGAAGAAGUGUCAGCGAACGCAACAACAACAAAUGAAACAACUAAUACAACUGCUAAUGAAACAACAGCUAAUACAACUGCCGAAAAUACAGUCGUCACUGACUUGUUAGUUCCAGCCGAUGUCGAAAACAUUGUCGUGAACAAUAGUGGUGUUGUUGGUGGCGUUGUUAUUGCUCCCCCGGCUGAGCAGUUGCAAAAUGCAGUCAUAGCGCCAACGGUUGUGCCAAUCGCCGAACCCAUUUCUACUACGGCUCCCUCAACUAGUAAUAAUAAUUCGUCUAAAAAAGGGAAAAUAAACGAAGAAAGCGCAGCUAAGACUAGCACCGAAGCUGCUGCCGUUGCCGGUCCAUCAACAUCCUCCCAAACAGCUGAAGAUGAUAAAGACAAGGAGGAAGAUAAAGAUGCAAAAAAGAAAAAGAAUCGUUGCGCUGAAUGCCGCAAGAAAGUUGGUCUUACAGGUUUUCAGUGCCGAUGUGGUGGACUCUACUGCGCUGUACACAGAUACAGUGACAAACACGACUGCACAUUUAACUAUCGGGAACAUGGGGCCCAAGAAAUUCGACGCAAUAAUCCUGUGGUAGUUGGCGAAAAAAUACAAAAAAUUUGAACUUUUGUGCCAUCAACUUUAUAAUAUAAAUAUAUAUAUAUAUAAAUAUAAAUAUUAAAUAUAUACAUAAAAAUUAAAUAUAAAUAAUAAUGAUAAUAUAAUUAAUAACUAUAUAUAUAUAAUAAUAAUUAAUAUAAACAAACAUUACAAAAAAAAAAAUGGAAUGAGAGAACACAAAAAAAAAAUGCCGAAAAGAAAACAUAAAAGAACUCAGCUAAAAUAUGAUAGUUUAUAGCGCAAACAAAGAGCAGAGAGCAAAUUAAAAACAAAAAUUAACUCCAUAAAUAUACACAGGCACACACGCAGCUAAACACACACACACAUACACAUAUGCAUAUAUGUAUGUAUGUAUGUCGAAAAAAGACAAGUAACAUCAACACAAGCGGGUCAAAGGUUAAACGCCACAACUGCAGCGAUGCCAACCGCACCCGCACGCGCACGAGCCAAACGCCAAAUACGACGAAUGUAUGCUGGAACAUACUGACAAACUUGCAACGAGCACGGCCAAAUGUAGUGAAUAUUAGAGAAAAAACAAGCAGGCGUCCAAUGUUUGGCCAAAGCGCACGCGGGGCCUUGGCAGUGUAUAUACCGCGCUCGGCGCAUAUGCUGAUUUGACGCAAGCAGCUGAUGCAGUCGCUGUACAUGCAGCAGUAGCGCACGCUUGGCGGCAACAACAACUUGUAAAAACAUGACUAUAUCUACGCAGCGCUGCCCAUACGAUGCGCUUAGUGUCGCGGCAGCACAGCGUUGCAUACACACAGCGCACUUCCAGCAGCCGCGCGCAGCUAUGAGCAGCAGCAGUGAUGAUGACAGCGUCUGCGAAGAUGUAACACAAAACACGAAGCUAUCCAAGCACUCUACAAGCGAGCGGCAACUGCAGCAUACAGCACAGCAGCAACAACAACACAUUGCAAAUGUACAGUACAACAACAGCAAACAAGCACCCACAUGCGAGACACACGAGCGGUCGAGUUUUUAGGAAGCUGGUUUGCUUUUUGGCUGCGUUUAGCGUUUAAGCGAUUUCAAAAUUCAUACAGUUAUCAGAAAAGCAAAAACAAAAAUAAUAAAAGAAAUUUCAAUUUACUUAGAGAACAACAACAAUAAUACACACACACUCACUCACUUGGCAAUCCACAAACAAUAAGAAACCUAUAGAACUUUAUUAAAAUACUAAUUUCAAUUACAACAAAAACAAAAACAAAAAGUAAAUACAAACGAAGUAAAUAACAACAAAAAACAAAAACAAAACAAAUAUUAAUUAUUAUUAAUACUAUUACUAUUACAUUAUAUUAUUAUUAUUACCAACACAAGCGAGACAGAAAAUGAGCUAAAAACAAGUAACAAGUAAAAAAUAAGAAAAAAGCAAAACGCAAAAAAAAAUGAAAAAAUCAUAAAACAACAAAAAAAAGUACUUUUACCUAGUUUACUAUUAAAAAUUGCGUGCAGGAGUAAACAACAUAUUUUAAUUAAAAAGAAGAGAAAAAAAAAACUAAAAACAAAAAACAAACUUAGUGUAUAGUGCAGUAAAUGAAACGGUAAACGAAAGGAAAAAUAAGUAAAUAUUAGAAAACAAAAACAAAAAACUAUAAAUAAAUGGAAGUUCGAAGCUGCAGAUGUAAGCGUAAAAAAUAAAUGAGAGUAAAUGCAAAUGGAUUAAUUUAAUUUAAUAAAAUAUACAUAUUACCUACAUAUAUAUAUAUAUAAUAAUAAUAAUAAUGAUAAUACAUAGAUGCGAGUGGGCGAAAGCGGAUAAAAGUUAUAUUUUAACUGACCUAGCAAUAUAAGAUUAUCUACUAUCUCACCACGGUUCGUUCUAUACAAAAGAAAAGAAAAGAAAAAACAAAAACAAAAAAUUAAAAAAAAAAACACAAUUAAAACGCAUUCUUCCUUUUGUUGCUUUUUUCACUUGCUUUUCCAGUAUGAUUUUAUUUGAGUUGAGUUGAGUUUAAUUUGAUUUUUUUGAUUAAUUUUUUACUUUAAGCGUUAUUUAGUUUCUUCCCUCAAACUAUGAUAAUAAUUAUUAAAAUAUUAAUUACACUUCUUCCUUGUUUUCAUGCUGUAAAUCAAAUUGGAAAAACGUAACAAAAAAACAACAACAAAAAAGUGCAGCAGCAAAGCCGUAAAACUGCAAUUUUAUUGUUGAAGUAGAAGUCGAUUUUACAUUUUUUAGUUAAUUUUGAAUAACUCUAAUUAAUUAUUAAUAAAAAAUAUACAUUUUGAAAAAUCACAAUUUGUUUAACGUAUGUUAUGUAGAUGUGGCGUGGCUUGGCGGCUCUGCUGCGGCAGUGUGUGUUGGCAGAGUAAAGCUGAAAUAAUGAGAAAAGAAAAAAAUCAUAUGGGAUAAUCAAAAAAGCUUAUGAAAAUGGUGCGCACUGACGGGGGGGAGGUAUGUGUAGCAAAUUUCGUGAAAUUGGUUUGUUGUACAACAACAAAUGCAGAAACAAUAAAAAGCUUGAAAAGUGGUCAACAACAAAAAUAAGAAAAAUACCAACAACAAACCAGUUGCAUAGUCUACUUUUUGGCGCUUAACAAA